ACUGAUAUGAACAACUUAUACAUUGUUCUUAGUAACUUAUUUUUCUUUAUUCUUCAUUGCCUUAAUUAUAAUGUUGUAGAAGCCAGAAGAGGUGACGUUAUACCGCUAGGAUCUAUUAUUGGAAGCUCAGAAAUGAGACACCUCAAGGACUCUCAAACGAAUCAACACAGAGUUAGUUAUGAAGACAACAAAGCGGAAUUCCCUCAAUUUAGAAAGCGAAAAACAAAGAAAAAACAUAAAGCAGUUAAAAACAAGAAUUCGCUAUUGCAACAUUCUGAAGCUGAAGAGAAACAAAGAUUCAAACACAAAGGGAAGAAAAGAAACAGCAAGAGAUUUAUCAAGACAACUUUUAAAAAUAUUGAUAAAGAUUCCAAUUUAUCCGAUUCAGAUGAUAAAAAUAAAAAUCCAGUAGAUAUUAUUGUACAUAUAAAAAUGAAGGAAUAAAUGCACAUACACACAUAUUAUAUACAUAGGUAUUUCUAUUAGAUCCAGAAUACUGUCGUGUGUGUGCACUCGCUCCUACACCUACAUACGCAUACGAAACUAUAAAACGGAUGGAUGUGUCAAAGUAACCUAAUAUUAACAUUUAAUAAAUAAUCAAUAAUUUCAUUUGUCAAAACAUUAUCUAUACUAAUAUUAUAAAGAAUUAAAGUUUAUGAGGUUGUAGGCGGUAAUCUCUAGAUCAACUGAACCGAUUUUGUUUUUUGGAUUUUGUAUACAUUAACCCGAAAAAACCUGUUUAACCUGAAAAUUAAAAGACUUUUUAGUUGUAGUCGGAUGUCGUGGCCAACGCGACUUUUGACAGUCAGGAAAUAAAUCAUAGCACUCAGUACUAACCGAACCACAAUCAUCAUUUCAUCACAUGUAAAAAUGUUUACCGCCCAACGAAGUGGCCACGGGUCAGCUAGUCUUGUAAUAAAAUCAAAAGUUUAAAGUGGCUCUUAAUGAAACCUCAGUCUCGUUUCAGAAUUUUCUAAAUGUUUUAAUUCAGUAUUUAAUUGGUUGUUAAUAUUUACAGCUUUUUAAUUUUCAUUUAGUCGACUCAAAUAUUAUAACUAGAUUCAUUGUACUGUUGUUUUUGCAACAUUGUAUUUAAUAAUAGAAUUAAUAAUGAUCAACUGCAUCGAUAAAAAUAGUUAAUAUAACGAUAAACUACGGAACAACACGGGCUUCCCAUUCGGGAAAGAACUAGUAACUUUUUAUGUACUAACCUUGGAAAUCAGGUAACCUGGCAUGUAUAUGAUAUUCUACGUCAUUUAGAUCAACAUGCAGUGGAGCUCCUUAAGAUAUAUCUGUUAAACUCUGAGACAUUUACAUGCUUUUGCUUUAUGUUAUUAAUAAGUAUAGCGACAAUGAUUUAGCAAGCAUUCGAGAAUGUGUGCUUUAAAAAUAAAUUUACCUUAUGCAAAAUUUUGUAUGUAGAGUUUUUU